GUUGUGCAUGGAAUGACAAAUCUGAAUCCGACACGUAGUGGUGCGAAGAAAUGAUGAAUUAUUAUCUUCCGCCACUGCGUGUGUAUCGGUGUGGGUAGGCACUUGUUGAAUUAGCUGAUUUCAAAUUGACACAACGGGAGAAGUACACGUAGUUUUAAAAGACGAGUAGAGGAAGAGGAGAUAGCGACGAGCCUAUAUAUUCUCAUUCACCUUAGACCGGUGGUACAGUAGGUAUCUGACGCAAGCACACGGCUAAACGCUUUUUGCGCCUGUCAUUCGUAUUAUCAUUUUGACUCGAUACAAUAACUUUUCAAACAAAAUGAGCAAAGACGUAGAAGCUCUGCAAAGUGUGAGUAAAUAUUUUACCGAGGAAAGCUUGAGGAAAAUCGUUGCCGGAGCCGAAAACAAGAGUGAACAAGAAGUGGAAAUUUUGUCGUGGAGCUUCGGCGAUGCGAGCAACAAAGGCGACAGCUAUUUAUCUACGGUCGACAGGGUAGUCAUUCAAGGGAAAGUCGAUGGAAAAGUUGUCGAGACGAGGAUUGUCGUCAAGUCUCUGCCUAAUAAUAUUGGAAGAAGGAAAACUUACAGAAGUGCAGAAUUUUUCAAGAAUGAAAUCAAUUUUUAUGUUGAGAUUGCCACAACAUACAAGGAGUUCUUGAAAUCUAAAAAUCAAUCGUCCGUCCUGCUCCUGCCCGAUUGCCUGGAUUAUCACUUGGAUGGCAAGGAAGAUUUUAUUGCUCUCGAGGAUGUCAGUCCCCGGGGAUUCGGUCCAUCAUCGAGACAAAAUUGUCCCACCUACGAUGAAUUCGUUAAUAUUUUAAAGGCCAUGGCUCGAUUCCAUGCAGUUUCCUUUGCGUACAAAGAUCAGAACCGUGAACACUUUAAAACUUUAGCAACGUCGCUGUCGGAAACUUAUUUCAGGGAUGAUCUGUACGAAAGCUGGUACAAAAGAUUUCAUGAGCGUCUUAUAGAGAUAGCUCAAGACGCUUUGGAGAAGGAGUGCUCGGGAUCUAAAGCGCAAAAACGCUUCAACUCUUACGCCAAAGGGGAACUUUACAAAAAGAGCGCGGACUUUUGUAACGAGUGGCACGCCGAAACUUCAGUGAUUAAUCAAGGAGAUUCAUGGGCACCAAACUUCUUGGUCAGAAACCUUCCAAACGGUCAGAUUGAAGUAUUAAUGCUUGAUUUCCAGUUGGCUAGGAGCGCCUCGCCCGUCCUCGAUUUAUCAUUUUUGAUGUACUCGUGUACUGAAAAACCAUUGAGAGAUCAACAUUUUGACAACUUGCUGAAAAUCUACCACGAUGAAUUAUCGAGAGUUGUAUCUUUGCUUGGCUCGGAUCCACAAAAGGUGUAUUCUUGGGCGACUUUUAUGAAUGAGGUGCAAGAAAAAUUCGUUCACGGUAUGACAUUUGGUUUGGAAUCUGUCGUUUUUAGUAUGCUGUCUUCGGAUGAGUCGUUUGAUUUGGAUGUAAUCAAAGAUGAUAAAGUCGAUAUCGCCGAUGUAUGGACUGUGCAAAACAUCAAGACGUCAGAAAAUAGAAAACGAUUGACUGAUGUGAUUUCUCAUGCCUUUGAAAAGGGAUAUUUGUAAAUAAAUGUAAAUACUAAAUUUUGAUUACAGAUAAAAAUUAUUAAUAAGCAAUUUGAAUGAAAAUGUAAGAUUAAGAAAAAAAUAAUAUUUUAAUGUACGAGCGAUAGCCGGAAACUAUUUGUGCAAUGCUCACUUUUACGAAGAAGUAUUUUUUACUUUUGAAUAUGAAAAGUUACUGAUAAAAGUAUUAUAUUACUAAACUUCAGAUUUAUAAUAUCUAUUUUAUUAAUUCAAUAAAAACUAAGAAAAAAUAUAAAA